GCCUUUGGUCUCGAUGCACGACCUUUGCUGCGCUUCCUCUCCACGGCUUCUCUUGUGACAAACUCCUGUAGCUAUAUAGCACGCUCCGCGAGCCACCGCACUUGGCACACCUGCGCUCCGCCGCGUCGCGAGCGCCAAGUCAUGGCUCCGACCGCAGGCUUCCUGGCCCAGUCCGAGUCGAAGAAGCGCUUUUUCGACCGCCUGGGCCUCGACGAGCGCAACAAGCUGCAUCGCCACCUCUACUCCAACAUGAAGGCUGAAGCGGUCGAGGGAUGGAGCCGCAUCUCAGCGAACCGCAAUGCCCUCAUCCCACAGCUGCGCGACGACCCGUCCAUCGAGCCGCCCUACUCGUUUGGCCAGGUCGACGAGGAGGCCGUCCAAGAAGAGGUCAUGCACAUCUUCAAGAAUGCCCGCCGCGACACCAGGAUCAUGUACGAACUCGGCCGUGACCGCGAGGGCGAUGUCGAGGAGAACUGGAUCAUCCGAUGGCUCCUAUGGCACGUCUUCCGCUACCGCGACGACCGCAACGUCGCUGCCGGCCGCCGUCGCACGACUGCCGAUGGCGAUGAAGUAGAUGCCGCCUCCGAUGCAACUUCCGAACCUGCAUCUGCUGCCGACGUCGUCCAAGCCGCCACCCUGCACGCUGCUGCCACGCGCAACGCUCGCUCACCACCAACAACAACUCAGCAUGUACCGGCACCAGCACCAGCUCCAGCACCCGUACCACUCUCGGCGCCGCAGCAAGCCAUCACCGAAUCCCCGGAUACUCCCGGAUCGGUAGCGGGGACCAGGUUUUUCGAUCCUGUCCGAGACGCCUUCCGCACGUGAAGAAGGCAACCUCGAUCCAACAUCCAACUGCCAAGCCAUGCGACACCUCACGGAUACAUCGAACGAUUUUGCCAAGAGGGUCAGCUCGGCUCGGCCGGCGGAGACUUCACGUGCUGCCGUCCGCUGUUCGACCGUCCUUAUCACCUUGCCAGGACUUCGCCCUCUGCGCCGCUCCACUUGCUACUGAUAGUCACGGUCUCACCUGCAGACGCGUAGCCUCACGGUGCUCCUUUCAUCUGCUCGGACCUCUCACUACCAACCUCAAGUCGAGUAC